AUGAAGUUAAGGUACUGUACAAUGUCCUGGGUAUGUUACUCAAAAUGGCCUCUUUGGUUUGUUACAAGUAGGAAUGUUUCUUUGUCGGAUAAGUGUUUCUCUAGCCGUUGUUUCACUUUAGAAUGGCUGAUAUGGUAAUUGUAUUCAUUUGUUAAUCAAUGGGGAAUGUCAUUGUGUCUUGUGAUGCUGGGAACUUGGGAGAGGGGUUUUCGCGGGUUUUUUUGGGAGAGGCCGAGGAAGACAUGGAAGAAGGUGGACGUGUGCUGGACUGCUCGUAAGACCACCGGGGUGGUCCCAGGUGCGACGGCCGGAUGGGUCGAUUGGUUCGUUGAUUGAGCUCCAACGAGUGCACUAAACAGACUGAACUUUGAUAAGUGGCGCCUUUUGUUUUUUUUCCUUGUGUAUAUAUAUUGUAUUGCUUACUACUCUUUUUAAUUUUAGUAAACUCUUUAAAGUGUAUUUCAUAAUGGUAUUUGUUGUGGAUUUGAUACUGUUGGCGGGCGCGAGGCAUUAACUCGAUUCUCACAGCACCUGCGUGUACGGGAGGUGGGUUGGAGAGUGGCUGGAUCCCUUUUUCCCCUAGACAUAUACCAGCCUGUGGGUAAGUGUUACAUUUGUGGGGUGCUCGUCCCGGAUUGGAUUGUCAGGGGCUGUGGAGUCGCGCAGGCAGCAGAGGAAGAUGGACAGAGAUAAGUUUGUUUGUUGGUGCCAGUUUGAAGAUGUACCGGUACAGUACGCAUGCGUAGUGAGCGGAGUGGAUUUUCGAGUUUCAGGAGACGUGAUAGUGCGGGGUUUAAGUUCGGUGAAGGGUAUUGGGCAGGUAGAAUUGGUAGCUAGACGGUGUGGUAAAGAGGUGGGGUCUAGCUGGGUGUUGGUUCGUACGAGUGCUGAAGUCAGGACAGUGGGACUGCCGGCGACGGUCAGUGUACCGGGGGAGGCGGGCCCGUGGGGGCUCCACUUCUACAAGGAUGAGGCUGAGGAGACAUCGGGGGAAGAGUUAGAGCUAGAGGUGGACCCCAAAGAGGUGCCCGGCACUAGUAAAGGGAGGUGGGAGGAGGGAGUCGUGACUAAGCCCCGCUCCCCAGGUAGGGUGGAAGUCUCGGAGCUGGCAGCCGCACUUUAUUCCCUGGUGGGGGUGGCCGAGAGGCCACGGCUGAAGCUGGGGGUGUUCUCCGGAGCCAAGCCUACUCCGGAUGGGGAGGUGGACUAUGAGACCUGGAUCGAGCAUACGUCUUUGAUGUUAGAGGAGUGGCCAGGUUCAGAGGAGGAGAAGAGGCAGCGAUUGCUGGGAAGUUUGAGGGGUUUAGCAGCCACAACCAUCCGGGAGUUGAAAGCUGAGAAGCCUGGGGCCUCAGUGGAGGACUGCCUAGAAGUUUUGGAGGGAGCGUUUGGGUUGUCAGGGGAACCCUGGCUGCUUUUAGCAGAGUUUCAACGCCUGGAACAAUGGAGAGGGGAAAAGCUCUCCGAGUACAUAUUUAGGAUGGAGGGGAUGCUCUCGGGGCUGCGGCGCCGGGGGGUAGUGAAGGCGACUGACGUGGCUAGCGUGAGGAUGAGUCAGCUAUUCAGUGGCUCUCUGGAGGAGGACAAGGUGGCGUGGACUAUCCGGCAGGCUUAUAGGAAAGGUCCCCCUCCAUCCUUCGGGCAACUGAUUAGAGAGGUGCGAGAGGAAGAGAGAGCAUUGGGGCGGAAAAGGGGCACGGGCCUACGGGAGCGAUCCUCAGCGAUACAGGAAGUGGUGGCUGAGUGGAGGAAUGACAAACCCCCGGGGAGUAGGGAACCCCCUUUGGAGGGGAGGGACAGGGGAGGUACCUACUCUCAGGGGCGAUCAGUGCAGUGGAUUGGGAGCAGGAGCCGUCCUGGGAGAGGAGGGGCAGCCGGCAGUGUGUGCUUUAACUGUGGGAAAGAGGGGCAUUUCAGGCGGGACUGUGGAAGGCCAAGGGUGUGCUAUAGCUGUGGAGAGGAGGGUCACUUUAGGUGGGAUUGUGAGAGACAAGGAGUCCCGCAGAGGACAAGCCCCCCUGCGACUAAGAAGGGAGAGGUGUCGGGGAAACUUAGGAGAGGCUCAGUGAGGGAAUGGACUGGAGCCUCUGGAGGAACACGUUCCCAGAGAUCAGCCGGAAGACCACCGGGUGCCCACGCCUCUGUUCCGGAUGGGCUGGUAGGACCCCGUGCCAGUGUGGGUCUACGGAUAGAGGGAGUUUACGCAAAAGCCGUUCUUGAUACUGGAUCGCAGGUGACCUUAUUGUACCGGUCUUUCUACAAUCAACAUCUAAAGCAUUUGCCCGUAACACCAUUUGACGCCCUGCAGAUUUGGGGUGUGAGCGAGGGUGACUACCCGUACGAUGGGUACCUAUCGGUGAGAUUGGAGUUCUCGGAGGGCGAUGUGGGAGUGUCGGAAGCUAUUGAGACGUUGGUGUUGGUGUGUCCUGACCCGGUGGAAACCGGUGGUGCUGCCCUCCUGGUGGGGACUAACUCCCCAGUUGUGCGACGGCUCCUGGGAGCUUGUAAGGAGAAAGGGGGGGAAGACUUUCUGGAGACCCUCUCGGUGCAUCCAGUGUUUCAAGCAGUGUUCGAAGAAGGGGUUGCCUCCCAAGGGCUGGACCCGGAGUGUAAACGAGGGACGGUGUGGUGUACGCAGGCGAGGCCCAAGGUGAUCCAACCAGGGGAGGUAGCACUAGUGAUGGGGACCCCCAGAUUCCCAGGAGUGCCGACAGGAGAAGCCCUGUUAGUAGAUGCCCCAGACGAUCUUGAAGGGGAGACACGAUUUCCGGCGGGGGCGCUGGUGAGGCCCGAAGUGCAGAGACCAGGGGUGGUACAUGCGAGGCGUAUAGCUAUAAGUGUCAGGAACACCACGGCAAGAGAAAUCACCUUUAAGAGGGGAAUGCCGCUGGCACAUCUGUUCCCGGUGACGGUAAUGACCAGCGCACUAGUGCGGACCCCUAACGGGGAGGGAUCGGAGCAUCGAAGGGAGCUGACCGCUGAAGCCUUUAACUUCGGGGAUUCCCCAGUGUCGCCGGAGUGGAAACGCAGGCUAGUGGAGAAGAUGCUGAAGAUGGAAGCUGUUUUUUCUCGGGGCGAGUUUGAUGUUGGCUGCUCCAAAAGCACUCGCCACACCAUCCGGGUGACGGAGGACACCCCGUUCCGAGAGAGAUCCCGGCGGCUGGCUCCGGCAGAUGUUGAGGACGUGCGACAGCACUUGUGCAAGUUGAAGGAGGCCGGAAUCAUAGCUGAGUCUCGAAGUCCUUAUGCGUCCCCAAUAGUGGUGGCACGGAAGAAGAAUGGGCGAGUGCGCAUGUGUGUUGACUACAGGACGUUGAAUCGGCGAACUGUCCCUGAUCAAUAUACUGUCCCAAGAGUCGAGGAUGCGUUGGCCUGCCUGAGCGGUGCAAAGUGGUUCAGUGUGCUGGAUUUAAGAAGUGGGUAUUACCAGAUCCCGAUGAGUGCGGCCGAUAAAGAGAAGACCGCUUUUAUCUGCCCACUGGGGUUCUUUCAGUUCGAACGAAUGCCCCAAGGCAUUUCCGGAGCCCCAGCCACCUUCCAGAGGCUCAUGGAGAGAACUGUGGGGGAUAUGAAUCUGUUGGAGGUGCUGGUGUACCUGGACGAUUUGAUAGUGUUUGGAUCGACUUUGGAGGAACAUGAGGAGAGACUGUUGAAGGUGUUGGGCCGGCUUAAUGAAGAAGGGUUGAAGCUUUCCCUGGACAAAUGCCAGUUCUGCAAGUCGUCGGUUAACUACAUUGGCCAUAUCAUUUCGCGAGAGGGAGUGGCUACUGAUCCAACCAAGAUAGAGGCUGUGACCACCUGGCCGAGACCCCAGAAAGUGGGUGCUCUGCGCUCAUUUUUGGGGUUCUGUGGGUAUUACCGGCGAUUUGUGAAAGGAUACGCCAAAGUGUGUCACCCGUUAACUCAGCUGUUGUGUGGCUAUCCCCCGGUGGGGAAGAAGAGGACGGGGAACCAGAGGCAGGAUGCUGGAGGAUACUGGAACCCGGCGGAACCUUUUGGCUCGAGAUGGGAUGAUCAAUGUGAAGAGGCGUUCCGAUCUUUGAAAAGGGCACUGACCCAGGCCCCGGUGUUGGCUUUUGCCGAUCCCCAGAAGCCAUAUGUGCUGCACACGGAUGCCAGCCGAGAGGGUCUCGGGGCUGUUCUGUACCAGGAGCAUGGCAAAGCAUUGAGGCCGGUAGCCUUUGUCAGCCGAAGCUUGUCGCCAUCGGAGAGAAACUAUCCCAUUCACAAGUUGGAGUUGUCAGCCAGGUCACAUGUUAUGACUGAUGCAAUUGAAUGCCCCAUAGCCUUUGCAUCACGUUCCUUUACUGCGAGAGAAAAAUUGCGCAGAGAUUGA